AUGGAUUCAAAAGACUGGAAGAAGUUUAAAAGGAGCGGUGGUUACAGAAGAAAAGUAAAAAAAGUCUACCAAAAUAUGGCUGUGAGCAUUACACCCACCACAUCUACUCCUAUGAUGCUACAAAAUGACCAAGCCGAUACCAACGAAUCAGCCAGUGGUUCCGCAGAGGAUUAUUUUAUAGAAAAUGAUAAUGAAAAAGAAACCAGUGAGGAAGAAUAUAAUUGUGGCGAUAGUGAUAGUGAUAUAGACAUAUUUUUAAAUGAAGAGCUGAAGAAUAUUGAUAUUCGUAGUGAUAUUAGAGAAUGGGCAGUGAAAUUCAACAUUUCACAUAUAGCUUUAAGUGACUUAUUAAAAAUAUUAUAUCAUGUAAUGCCAAACAAAAUGCCAUUAGAUGCGCGUACAUUGCUCAAAACAAAUAAAGUAGAAAUAUGCAUUACUGAAAUUGGUACUGGACAUUAUUGGCAUAAUGGAUUACUUACACAAAUUACAAAAAACCUUCAAACCCGCGCGCUAACUGAUGUGGCCUCAGGUUAUACUAAAUCCUACCUACCUACAUGCUUUUGUUAUUCAGAUAUAGGAAUAGGACCGAUUACCAAUUUUGGGAUUGUCCGUUCAGCAGGAUUACAAAAAAACGUAAUAAAGUAA